UCGUGCGGCGAUCGCGACCGCGGCAACACGAACAUCCGUCAUUUUCGAUCCUCCCCUUACACCCCCAUAUUUAUACAAGAUUUCCCUUCUUAUUAAUCUUGAUCGCGUCUUAACGGACCAUCUGCGCCCUGUAUCGAGGCUUCUUUGGGAUUAUUCCUUCGAUCAAAUCGAGGGAUCCUUUGGGGUGCUUCUGUUGAGAUUUUUUCUUUUGAUUCGAUUAGCUUUUUUGGCGCCAGGGAUACGAAGGGUGAAAAUGAAGAAUCGAGUGUAUUCUUGGAAGUGUUAGUGAGGGAUGGUGUAAAAGAUUAUUCUAUUCGAUGAUCAAUGAUGAUCGAAGUUUUAAUUCGCAGUGUCAUCGUUCUUGGUUCUAAAGGGUGAAUGGUGUGAUGGCAAAAUCUGACGGCGAUCGAAGGAAGACGAGAAAACAGCAAGAAAUCAAGGUAGGAAAGGAUAAAAGUGAUGGAAGGAAGUUUCCAAAGAAGCUACCAAGUUUCACCAGAAGCCUAAACUCGAAGAAAUUGGACAAUAAGUUUCUGUACCUGUUAAAACGUGUCGAGACAUAAGACACGGAGCUCGUAAAACGGUUCGAAAAGUUUGCUGAGAUGUCUGAAUACGAGGUCGAAGGAAAAGGUAGUCAAAGUACGGAAAUCAAAUAGGAACAUCGAUCGAGAGGAGAACGGAAGGAAGGUGGCUAAUAAAAAGAGAUUUCGAAUCCUGAAGGGACGAAACAGAAUCGAAGAAACAACCUUCAGGGAAAAAGAGGUCUAGUAAGAAGAGGAAGCGGAACGAAGGGAAUAUGAAGAGAAAGAAAUAAGAUUAAGUAGUUGAAGCAGGGGACGGGGUAAACAAGGACGAACUCGUUGAUGGUAAAAAAAAGGAGUUGAAUCGAUGAAUAAACGAACGAUUAGUGGGUGGAAGCAUGAGAAUUCCGAGUGGCUGUAUUUCUUCAGCUCGACAAAAGUACUCGAAUGCGCGUUGCAUCGGCCACCCUCUCUCGUGUCACGUAUCGAGAUCCAUUGAGGGACAAAAAUGGGCGCCAACCAGUCGACGAGAAGCGAGCCUACUCCUGGAGAAGAAGUGAACUUCGAUCACUUUCAAAUCCUGCGCGCUAUCGGAAAAGGGAGCUUCGGAAAGACGAGGAGGACUUAUUCAUGGUUUCCGACUUGUUACUCGGAGGGGAUUUAAGGUACCAUAUACAACAGGAAGUCGUAUUUACGGAGAAAAGCGUGGUCCUCUUCGUCGCUGAGAUUGCUCUAGCACUCGAUUAUUUGCAAAGUCACAAAAUUGUUCAUCGCGAUAUCAAGCCUGAUAACAUACUGCUAGACGAAGAAGGACACGCACACGUAACUGACUUCAACAUUGCAACGGUGCUGGAGGACGGGGAAUUAGCUACGUCGAUGUCAGGAACAAAACCGUAUAUAGCUCCAGAAAUUUAUAUGUGCUCUUGCGAGGAAUACGGUGUUCUUGGCUAUGGUUUCCCGGUAGAUUGGUGGAGUUUAGGAAUUCUCGCAUGGGAAACCCUCGCUGGAGAACGUCCUUAUCCUCUCUGUUCCACCACUUCGCACAGAGAGGCUCUACAAAUUCUCCAGAAGGAAAGACCGACACCUGCCGAAUGGAGCUCGUCGAUACGGGAACUCCUAGACAGAUUAUUAACCGUGGCGCCAGGCGCCAGGGUGUCAACGUUAAAGGAACUGAAGCAAGCGAGCGUGAUGAGAGACGUAGACUUUGACAAAGUGUUGAACAAGCAAAUCAAACCACCUUUCACGCCGCCAAAGGAUCAUCUGAACUGUGAUCCGACGUUCGAGCUCGAAGAGAUGAUCAUCGAGACGAAGCCGUUGCAUAAAAAGAAGAAACGCUUGGCGAAGCAAAGAUCCUUGAAAAUCGAGCAUCCUCAGGAAGAUCCCGGGCUCGCUGAAGGCGCCGGGCCGAGCUUGGAUCUCAGGAGAUUAGCAUUCAUCCCGGAAUAUCGUGUGUAUAAUCGGGAACGAGAGAUGGAGAGACAGGAAAGGGAGAGAAAGGAAAAACAGUGGGAAGAGGAACUGAACACUGCCAUGAAAGGUGCCGAGGAAAGGUUGAAGAUGAAACAGCAACCGGCACAACGAACCGGAAAUCGCUUGAGCGUGUCGACGACGAGCGUGAAGACGCGUAUAAACGCAUCACCGAGGCAAGGAAGACGCGCGAGUACCGCAACUUCAUCGGAUAUCGACUACAUCGACGCGAGUCCGGAGCCUUCCACCUCGUAAAAAUCCUCUUAGAUCUUUCUUUCCACCACGGAAGUAAACACGCGUCUUCGAAGAGGAAUUAAAUUAUCAUUGUUUGCCAUCGUUCGUCGCUCUUGGCGCGACGAAUAUUCGAAGGGUUUACUUUCCAUUACGAAAAGAAAGCAUUCUAGCCCUUCAAACAAUGGAUCCUUUCCUGUUCUAUCAAUUUUUCAAACGCGAUGCGAUAUUUGUGCAUUCAACGGAGAUAAAAUAGAAGGUAACUGAAUAUAUUUCCUUUAUUUUUUUUCAGUUUCUUAAUGGGUUGAUCUCUGAGAAACAUUAUCUUUCAAAAGUACUGUUUAUCUCUUUAGUUAUUCAGUGACCUUUUUACUACGCUCGUCUGAUCUCAUAGCAUAUCUUAUCCAUCUUGAGGGGAAAAAAAUAUUGUUUUAUAAAGGAUAGAAAAGAAACUUGACCAAGUAGAGCGUCCUUUUAGAGAGCGUUUGACCAAAAGUGGAAGCUUUUCGAUGGGGAAAGAACGGAGAUAAAGCAUGCGGUCCAAGGGAAAUUCCAAACUGUCGUACGGCUUACUUGUCACUUAGUUAGUUCGUACGUACUAGUUAACUUCCCUCUUAGAAAGUUACGAUACUCCUAACGCCGAUAUAGUAAGAGUAAAUGGUUUCUUUUUCGAUUACAUUAUUGAAAUUAUAAGAAUAUAGGAACAUGAAGAUCUUAAUCUUAGUCUACUGCGAUUAACUUUACGAUGGUACUCGUAAUCAUUGGUGUAAUUAGGAUUUUUGUCUAGGACGAACCAGGUUUUCUAUUUUAAUUAAGAACAUCAAGUGUUCUUUAUUUAAUUACACUGCACGUUCGGUCCAAUUAUUUUUUCCUAUUAAACUGGGACUUUAGGAGCUGCCGAAUUCUUUUUUUUUAAUUCUUACUUUAAUAAUUAUUUUGGUUUUUACCUAAUUACACCAAUGUUCCUAACGAACAAGAUUGUUCGUUCACGUUAGCGCCUUUCUCGAUUCAUAUCCUCGAUCCGUUGUAUCUCUGUCACAACCUGCAUACCUCAGAUACAAUACCUUUAAUCAACGAUUGCACUUCUGAUAAUCAAUCAGCAAACACCAAAAAAACGAUGUAAUUUUAUAAAUUAAUCGUAAGAGAGAGAGAAAGAGUAGACGCGACUAACUUGUAACAUGUAAUCUGACGAUUAAACGAUUCAGAAUAC